AUGGCCCCUACGGCUCAGGCCCAAACACUGGGUCCCCUCCCACAGGGUGCAGUGGUGCGGUAUUCAUACGGGGAUGGCUACCUUCGAACCGCGGCCGUCGUCGAACGAGAGCGUCUUCGACGACCGUUCAAUCGCCUGAGACGGAACCAGCGGUCCCGAGAGUUUGCGGAGUCGAUAGGCACGUCUACUGACUCGGACAUACUGAGGGAGUCCCCUCCUAUCCGAAGGAUCUCUGGGGUCAACACGUCAGGUGAACUAGAGUUUUACCGUGACCACCGAGCAAACGCAGCCCUCAUUGACAAUAUCGUCAUGAACUUUGGGGGUGGGAGAACAGAAGUCAUCCGAGACGUUCUCCUGGUGUUUGCCAGGGUGAUUACACAUUUGGAUGCCCAGAGGGGCUUCCAGACGAACCCUGCUGUCAUGGAGCCCGAGUUGAGACACAUCGCACAAGGGGUUGUCGACCUCAGUCGACACAAUUACUCAAGGAUGUUCCUCAACAUAACACACCGCACAGCAUUCAACAGGUACAUAGGCCCGAUCAUCCGGGCCUCAGUGUCCAGGCUUUGGGGAGCCGGGAGCACCUUCGGCGGCGAGACCAGAAUGGAGAGGUUCGCGUAG